GCGGCAGCGGCAGCGGGUUAGAGCCCAGUCGCUGCUGCUGCUGCUGCUGCUGCUGCUGCUGCUGCUGCUGCUGCUGCUGCUGCGCUCUGCUCCUUGCACUUGGUACAGGAGGCCAGGGAGCCGCACGGACAGGACAGUCCUCGGUGGCCUUGGCCGGCCCUGUCCCCCUGCCGCAGUUGCUCCCCAGCCCUGAGGUGCGCACCGAUAUCCGUGCCGGUUUAGCGAUUCUGCAACCCAAAGAGUCCGGUGAGAUCCACUGAGUGGCGCCUGGCUUGUAGGAUCAUGCAGCCUCCUUGUGGCUCGGAGCAGCGGCCCGCGAUGUCCCAGCCACUGUGAACCGUUUGGCCCGCGCCAACCUGCUCAGCCACAGCAGGGACAGGCUCGGCCUCUGGUACGCUUCACUCCGCGGGAGGCCACCAGCACCAAGCAGCAAGAGGGCUCAGGGAAGGCCUCCCCCCUCCAGCGGGGGACGCCUGGCUCAACAUAGGGACACUCUGACUGACUGGCACUGGCAGCAAGGGAUGUCGCCCUGGCCGAGGUGGCAUGGACCCGCCAUGGCGCGGCUCUGGGGCUUAUGUUUGCUUGUCGUGGGCUUCUGGAGAGCCUCUCUUGCCUGCCCCAUGUCCUGCAAAUGCAGUGCCUCUAGGAUUUGGUGUACCGAGCCUUCUCCUGGCAUCAUGGCAUUUCCGAGAUUGGAACCUAACAGUGUCGACCCGGAGAACAUCACCGAAAUUUUCAUUGCAAAUCAGAGAAGGUUAGAAAUAAUCAAUGAAGACGACGUGGAAGCUUAUGUGGGGCUGAAGAACCUGACAAUUGUGGAUUCCGGAUUAAAAUUUGUGGCUUACAAAGCAUUUCUGAAGAACAGCAACCUGCAGCACGUUAAUUUCACACGAAACCAGCUGACGAGUUUGUCGAGGAAGCACUUCCGUCACCUUGACUUGUCUGAGCUGAUCCUGGUGGGCAAUCCAUUCACGUGUUCCUGUGACAUUAUGUGGCUCAAGACUCUCCAAGAGACCAAAUCCAGCCCCGGCAUGCAGGACUUGUACUGCCUCAAUGAGAGCAGCAAGAACAUGCCCCUGGCAAACCUGCAGAUCCCCAACUGUGGUCUGCCAUCUGCACGUCUGGCUGCUCCUAAUCUCACUGUGGAGGAAGGAAAGUCCAUGACACUUUCUUGCAGUGUUGCUGGUGACCCACUCCCCACGCUGUACUGGGACGUUGGGAAUUUGGUUUCCAAACAUAUGAACGAAACGAGACACACGCAGGGCUCUUUAAGGAUAACGAACAUUUCAUCCGAUGACAGUGGAAAGCAAAUCUCUUGUGUGGCAGAAAACCUCGUAGGAGAAGAUCAAGAUUCUGUGAACCUCACUGUGCAUUUUGCACCAACUAUCACAUUUCUCGAAUCUCCAACCUCAGACCACCACUGGUGCAUUCCGUUCACUGUGAGAGGCAACCCCAAGCCCUCGCUUCAGUGGUUCUAUAACGGGGCGAUACUGAACGAAUCCAAGUACAUCUGUACUAAAAUACACGUUACCAACCACACAGAGUACCAUGGCUGCCUCCAGCUGGAUAACCCUACUCACAUGAAUAACGGAGACUACACGCUAAUGGCCAAGAACGAGUAUGGGAAGGACCAGAGGCAGAUUUCUGCACACUUCAUGGGCCGCCCUGGAGUGGAUGAUGAGAUAAACCCUAAUUACGCUGAAGACCUCUAUGACGAUUGGACUGUGGCAACUGACAUGGGGGACACCAUGAACAAAAGCAAUGAAAUCCCUUCCACAGAUGCUGCUGACCAAACCAGUCGGGAACAUCUUUCGGUCUAUGCCGUGGUGGUGAUUGCGUCUGUGGUGGGCUUCUGUCUGCUGGUGAUGCUGCUGCUGCUGAAGCUGGCGAGGCAUUCCAAGUUUGGCAUGAAAGGCCCAGCUUCGGUCAUCAGCAAUGACGAUGACUCUGCCAGCCCCCUCCACCACAUCUCCAACGGGAGUAACACUCCAUCUUCGUCAGAGGGCGGUCCUGAUGCUGUCAUUAUUGGAAUGACCAAGAUUCCUGUUAUUGAAAACCCCCAGUAUUUUGGCAUCACCAACAGUCAGCUCAAGCCAGACACAUUUGUUCAGCACAUCAAGAGACACAACAUCGUUCUGAAGAGGGAGCUUGGUGAAGGAGCCUUCGGGAAAGUUUUCCUAGCAGAGUGCUAUAACCUCUGUCCAGAGCAGGACAAGAUCCUGGUGGCCGUGAAGACCCUGAAGGACGCCAGCGACAACGCCCGUAAGGAUUUUCACCGCGAAGCCGAGCUGCUGACGAACCUGCAGCACGAACACAUUGUCAAGUUCUAUGGUGUCUGUGUGGAGGGCGACCCACUCAUCAUGGUGUUUGAGUAUAUGAAACACGGGGACCUCAACAAGUUCCUGAGGGCACAUGGGCCGGAUGCGGUGCUGAUGGCAGAGGGGAACCCGCCUACUGAGCUGACACAGUCGCAGAUGCUGCACAUCGCGCAACAAAUUGCGGCAGGCAUGGUCUACCUGGCAUCCCAGCACUUUGUGCACCGUGACCUGGCUACCCGGAACUGCCUGGUGGGAGAGAACCUGCUGGUGAAAAUUGGGGACUUCGGCAUGUCCCGGGACGUGUACAGCACAGACUACUAUAGGGUCGGUGGCCACACCAUGUUGCCCAUCCGCUGGAUGCCACCAGAGAGCAUCAUGUACAGGAAAUUCACCACCGAGAGUGACGUCUGGAGCCUGGGAGUCGUGUUGUGGGAGAUCUUCACCUAUGGCAAGCAGCCCUGGUAUCAGCUGUCAAACAACGAGGUGAUAGAAUGCAUCACCCAGGGCCGAGUCCUGCAGCGGCCUCGCACUUGCCCCCAGGAGGUGUACGAGCUAAUGUUGGGAUGCUGGCAGCGGGAGCCACACAUGAGAAAGAACAUCAAAGGCAUUCAUACCCUCCUGCAGAACUUGGCCAAGGCAUCUCCCGUCUACCUGGACAUCCUAGGCUAGGACCCUUCUCCCCAGAUCGUCCCUCCCAAUGCACUCCUCAGACUGGCUGACACGAUGAACCUCCUAACUGCCGCUGAUGUCGCAACCUUGCUGUCCGUCGCUCUGACAGGACAAGGAGUGGCUUUCGGGGGGUAGGGGGGAGCAGUGCGCACUUCUCCAUCCACAGACAGUAUUAACUUGCUUUUGGCAUUGUCUCUUUCUCUCUUCCCAUCUCCUCUGGUUUGUUUCUUUCUUUUGCCUUUACUCUAUUUUUUUUUUUUUUUUUUUUUUUUUUUUUUU